UGUCUCUCGUCAAACCGCGGGGCAUUGUGGGGCGGAGGCGGCCUUUCUCUGCGUACAGGCGAUCGGGGGAAAAUCUUCAAGUAAAUAACAUUCACGGGAGGAGGAGCAGUCCUAGUGUAGCCUGCUGGAGAACAAAAAAAAAAAAAAAAACUACACAUACAAACUCGUGUGGCGCUGAGCUUUAAUUAUUAGAGAUUGUUUUCUAUUACACAAAUAUGGGACAGGAGGAUCUCAUGAGCACAGCGGAAGACGUGGCAGACCAGUUCCUGCGGGUAACCAAACAGUAUCUGCCCCACCUGGCGCGUCUGUGUCUCAUCAGCACCUUCCUGGAAGAUGGCAUCCGCAUGUGGUUCCAGUGGAAUGAGCAGAGAGACUACAUCGAGGCUACCUGGAGCUGUGGCUACUUCCUGGCUACGUGCUUUGUGCUAAUGAACCUCAUAGGACAGCUGGGUGGUUGUGUCCUCAUCCUUAGUAGAAAUUUUGUACAGUAUGCCUGCUUUGGACUAUUUAGCAUCAUAGCGCUACAGACUGUUGCAUACAGCAUUUUAUGGGACCUCAAAUUUUUGAUGAGAAACCUCGCCCUCGGAGGUGGUCUGCUCCUGCUGCUGGCCGAGUCUCGUUCGGAAGGAAAGAGCAUGUUUGCUGGCGUCCCCUCCAUGGGAGAGAGUUCUCCAAAGCAGUACAUGCAGCUGGGCGGUCGAGUACUGCUAGUGCUCAUGUUCAUGACUCUGCUGCACUUUGACUCCAACUUCUUCUCUAUCCUGCAGAACAUGGUUGGAACCGCUCUCAUCGUCCUGGUGGCCAUAGGCUUCAAAACCAAGCUGGCGGCGUUGACCCUCGUCGUGUGGCUUCUGGCCAUCAACGUCUACUUCAACGCCUUCUGGAGCGUCCCCGCCUACAAGCCCAUGCACGACUUCCUCAAGUACGACUUCUUCCAGACCACCUCGGUCAUCGGCGGUCUGCUGUUAGUGGUGGCACUUGGACCUGGCGGAGUGUCCAUGGAUGAGAAAAAGAAAGAGUGGUAGGCCGAGGUGGGGUUAAGAUAAGAGGAUUGCACAGCACCACUAACUUCCCCCACCGACUGGGACUCAAAGACCUUCCCUCCUCCAGUUCCCCGCUACAGGGUACACCGUUUUUUGUUUUUUUUCUAGUUUAUUUUUUAUUAAUCCACUUACACCACCUCCCCCAUCAAUGGACAAUUUUUUCUAUUUUUACAUCAUACAUAAUGCCAGGUUUUUUCCCAUAUCAACAAGAAUAAAGAAGUCUUGUGUAUUUCAAAGUGCAAGGUAUACAAAUGAUGGAUGAUUAUUCUAAAAAAAAAAAAAAAAAAGGUUUACUAGUUCUGUGUGCAGAAGGGAUGAAGAUAAUUUAUUGUAUUUUAUGGGUAUUAUGCCAUGAGUUAUAAUAGAUUAACGUUCAUAUUUUCUGAGUAAAUCCGGCAGAGUGGAUCAAGUGCAGCAGUUGCGCCCCCCCCCCCCCCCCACGUCCAUGGAUGCUGGCCUUUUUUUGCCGUUGGAUCUUAGUGUCAGAGACUUAGUCUCUAUAUAGAACUUGGGCACUGAUUUGACAGCAACUCGUCUUGUCUCUCCAGGUUUUCUUUUCUCCUCCGACACUGUAGCCUUUCAAACAUCUUUACACCUUCAAUCUCAACUGACUCUUGAUCAUUGGGAGUUUAAUCCGGGGGGGUAGUGUACAUUGUGUAGAAGUGGUGGAUUGCAGUCGUGCUUGAUUGAAAGUUUCAACACAAUUGUUGGCUCCAGGACUUGCUUUUAGGCACUUUGUACUGUACGUCUGUGACAAAUGCCUACCUAGUGAACUGUAUAUGAUCGGGGAUAAUAAGGGGGGGGGGCUCAACGUUUGUGAAACACCAUAUUCAGAGAUCUAGAAAAGCAAAGAGGACUUAGCAGAGUCACUAGCCAUCAGGACUUGCUCAGUGUUUUUUGCCCUGUGUAAGAAAAAAAAAAAAAAAAAUUCAGUGUAUUGAUUUCAAAAGUUUAUAUUGUAUUUUUGAUCAUUUGUUUUUUGAUUUUUGGAACUUCAUGGCGAAGAAAUAAAAAUUAA